CGCCCAUUUAUUCUUGACACGAGCUCCGAUGCCUCGGUUCAAAUGUAACCUCACUAGUAUUUAAAACGAAACGAAUGGCCUGAUGAUGACUCGACAGGAAAAAGGGUGAGGGGGUUAUGGGAGGUGCCUGUUUCGUCCGAAAGGCAGAGGAAAUUGGGCAAAAGUGCAAUCAUGGAGAAGCCCCAAAAGACACCGGAAGAGCAGCAGUCGUCCCCACAGAUGGUGGCACCUGAUGGGGGUUGGGGCUGGGUGGUGGUGGGGUCUCUUUUCGUGUCUUCUGCGCUGGUGUUCGGGCUUAUCCGCAGUCUGGGUGUCUUUUUUGUGGAGUUUGUGCAGUACUUUGGUGAGAGUGCCCAGGCGGUGUCUUGGAUAACAUCCAUUGGCUUGGCCAUGCAACAGCUAAUGAGUCCAAUAAGUGCAGCCGCAUCUAACGUAUAUGGAGCUCGUCCGGUUGUUAUGAUGGGAGGAUUCCUCUCAGGCCUGGGAUUUAUUCUGGCAUCCCAGGCGACAUCUCUUUUACAUCUUUACCUGACCAUGGGAUUCAUUUCAGGUUUAGGCUGGGCGCUGAUCUUCACUCCUACCGUUGCGUCAGUGAUGCAGUACUUCACCUUGCGGAGGUCUCUAGCCAUGGGCCUGGGCUUCACAGGCGUCGGACUUGCCUCUUUUGCAUUCUCUCCACUUUUUCAGUAUCUAGUAGAAGCCUAUGCUUGGCGCGGGGCCUUGCUUGUCCUCGGAGGCCUCAGCUUCAACAUGAUUGCUUGUGGAGCUCUCAUUCGGCCUCUAGGGACACCAAAAGUUGUGGUGAAGGCUGAAAACGCAUCCAAGCUCAACAAAUGUUCUUCUUUGUUGUCCCGUAUCUACGAGGGCUUUGAGAUCUCUCUGCUUUCACACCGAGGGUUCCUCACAUAUUCCAUGGCCAUCACCUUAUUCAAUGCCGGCUACUUCAUCCCUUACGUUCAUCUGGUCGCCCACAGCCGUCACAUUGGUUUUACUGAGUACCAGGCAGCCUUUGUGAUCUCUGUGACUGGUGUGGCAGACAUCGUGGGCCGCGUAGCCUCCGGCUGGUUCUCGGACCUGGGCAGAAUGCGGAUGCAGCACAUGCUGGUGGUUUGGACUGGGUUACUGGGGCUCUCUCUGAUGCUCAUUCCUGUAGCCGUGGUUUAUUCGGGACUGUUGGUUGUCAGUGUGGUCUAUGGGUUUUGCGCAGGAGCGAUGACGCCACUGGCGUUUGCGGUGGUGCCGGAAAUCGUAGGCAUGGAGCGAAUGCUGGGAGCCCUUGGUUUGCUGCAGCUCAUAGAGAGCAUCGGAGGGCUGCUGGGAGCACCACUGUCUGGCUGGCUGAAGGACUAUACUGGGAUGUACACGGUAUCUUUUAUCGCUGCUGGAAGUUUCCUCGUGUUAGGUACGUUCGUUACAAUGACUCUUCCCUAUUUCUGGUCUUGUACGGCCCCUCCACCCCCAUCACCUUCACAGAAGAAGUCUCAGGAUGAAUCCAUUGAAGAUGGACUUCUCAAACAAACUCUGUCCUCAAAUUCUGUUCCUGAGAUACUCUGUCCCUUGGAUGAUAUACCCUACUCGGAUAAGGAGUAAAAGGUGUGUUGGAAGAGUGACGUUACACAUCUAGUGCAAGAACGAGAAGAAAUACCUCAGAAAUGAUGCACAUACUAAUUUAGGAAAAAAUAUUUUGAUUUUCUUUGAUUUUAGAAGGAUGUUUUGCAUCCUAAACAGGAUAUAGGCAACUAUUGGCAUUGAAAUCACAAAUCAUAUUGCACUGGAUGGUUUUGUACCACAUUUUGCAGUAAAACGUUUUGUGGGUAAUUUCAGUUAGUGAAAUGUCCUCCAUGCCAAAGAAUAAUUAUGUGAAAUUUGCUAUUAUGCUUUUUGCCUAAUAUCAAGACAAUCAAUUUGAUGGAAGUCCUAAGUUUUGAGAGAGUUUGAAAAGCAACAGUCAGUUUACAGCUCAAAUUUAGCCUGGCUUGUAUAAAGUUUAAAACAAAUCGGUCUUAAUUUUAAAUCUGAAUUGUUUAACCAUUCCUUAUAUAUAUAUAUAUAUAGUAAUAUACUAUUUAUUUUAUUUGAUUGUUAUUAAAGUAGCCUAUUAAUACAAUUUUUUUGUAUUGUAAAUCAAUGUGAAGCACUUCACCUCCGGCUUCCCCUGACAGGAAUUUAAUUAUGAUGCACAAAUACAGCUUCAGGGUUUGGUGGAAACACUGAUGCUUGUGGUUUUUGUUAAUCACAAGUUACUGAGGAGCAUUUUGUAUUCAUGACUAGUAAAACAUGAAGGCUGCUAUCAAGAGUUUUCUAGAUUACAGAAAAGCUUUUAACUGCAUAGUCAGCAUCACAUAUCUGUUGUCACAUCAAGCAAAAGCUAAAAUGAGGGUAAAACAUUUUCUUUUGCCAGGAAGUUUAGUGCUGGAGGCUACUUUAGUACAGUAUACAAAGCAGGAAGGCAAGCUAAAUGCUAACACAAUGCUACUCCUCACAUAGAGCAUUUUUCUUUCACUUUUUGACACACAACUUGCUGUACCUUACCUUGAUUACAGCUGGACUGUUCUUGAGGUUCAUAUGGAGGAAUAUGAUGAUCACAUUAUGUUAUUAAUGUUCCUAUCAUUGUCAGAGACAUGGCAUUUUAAUGUUGUCCUUUCAGGGACAAACUGGACCAUGUGAUUUGUGUAUAACAUUGAUACUUUAUAAAUAUCGUAUGAUGGAAAUCUUGCUCAACAUGAAGGGCUUUUAUUGUGAUCUUUAAGAUGCAGGUUUCAGAGUGAAUAUUGACUUAUAUUUAUAACAGAGGUUGCUGACAUAAACAGAUUCACUCAGAAAUCAUUAACUUAGUGCGAGAGGUGCACAAACUGGUGUAGGUUCAUUUAAACAUUGUCUAAUAUGUACUUCCCAUGGGAAAACCUUGAAUACUAAUGAGUCACUAAUGCUGUUUUAAAGAUACACUUCUCAUAAAACCAAACACGUGAGCCUUAAUCUUCAUAGUCAAUGAGCUCAGCGCAGCUGGACUUUGUUUUCUCAUGCGAGAGGCCCUUUUUGCUGUGAGAUUAACAGCACUGCCUUUACACACAGUUGUCUUCAAAGCAAGCACUUGUAUUAAUGCAAUUAUACAUGCUCUUAUUGACCUCAAUAUGCUUGUAUCGUAUGAGAAGUGAGAUUUGGAUGAAUUUGGAUCAGUUAAGUCAUAUUUUAAGUUCAUUAGCUUUGGAGGCAGUAACAUUUAACUAUAUUUCAUCAUCUGGUCCUUUGAACUUUAUAGCUGUGGAAAUACACUGCGCAAGAUGACUUUUGAUCUAAUUAAAAGGUUGAAUGGAGUUUGCCAUCUGAGCCAGUCAGGUAGUUUUACCGUUUAUCUUUAACCGGGUUACCAGCCUGUAUCUUGUGGUUUAUGUUUUAAUUUUCCAAGAAGCGCACAGCAUGGCAAAAGGGGUUUUACUACUACGGUAUAGUAUAAAACUGUGUUUUAGGUAAACAGAAUUGUGUUUUAAUGUGAUUGAAUUAAAGGCUAUUUCUGUA